GGCCAUGACGAAAAUAGCAACCCUUCCCCUCGGUUAGAUAUCCUCAUGCCACCCUCCUCCCUCCCCGCCUGCCCUAGAUAAGAUCCGCUGAUCUCUUCCUCUCUCUCUCGUUCCUGGCUUCCGAUCUCUCUAAGGUGAGCUCUCGACUCCCUUCUUUGCCCUUCGAUCGCGGACACAGGGCUCUUCCGGCCUCAAAUGGCUUCCUAAGGGAUUCAAUCCGUGUCCGUCUUGCUGGGUUCUUCUGCACCCUUUUUCUUCUCUUAUCUUCUGACUGGAGGGCUUCCUUUGAUCUCAAAAUUUGAUUUUUAAGUUAUAAUUUUUCCUUCCACGAGCUAGGCUUUGGAAAAUUUCAGCCGAUCUCAUGUUUGUGACGGUUCCGUGAUUGUAAGAAUCGCAGCCUUUUUUUUUCCCCCUCUUCUGAAUGACAACAUUAGCACGUGUCUGAUCUGUGAUAGGGAUUUGAGUUUAAUUAGAAACGCCGGUAGGGUGUUUCAUAGUCUUGGGCAUCGUUGGUGUUGGCGGAUUAGGGUUUUGAUCUCCGGUGCUUUUAUUUUUUUUUGGGUGCAAUACAUGGAUUAUAGCAGCAACGCCAUUGAGAUUAUUCCGGAGGCUACUGGCCCCGAACCCUGGGCGCAGGCUUCCAAUGAUCAGGCUAUAUGGGCGACCGAGGACGACUACCGGAGUUGGAAUGGAGAACCCUCUGCUGAUACUGUAUCGAACCCCGCCUAUGGUGAUCGCCAGUCUCAGUCGCAAUCCCGGGCUGGAAGCGAGCAGCCCCCCAGCAAGAAGCCCCGGAAUUCUUUGGAAGGGAAUGGGUCGACGAGCAAGUCCAGGGCAAUUGGGAAAAUGUUCUUCAAGACCAAGCUCUGCUGCAAGUUCCGGGCCGGGACGUGCCCCUAUAUCACAAACUGCAAUUUUGCGCAUGGGAUGGAGGAGCUCCGGAAACCCCCGCCCAAUUGGCAGGAGAUAGUAGCAUCGCAGGAGGGGAUGGAGCCCAGAGAGGAGCACCAGAUACCUAUUCUGACCUCUUCUAAUUUGGGUGCGGAUGGGCAGAGGUCUUAUAAAGGGAGGCACUGUAAGAAGUUUUACACUGAGGAGGGCUGCCCGUAUGGAGAUACGUGUACUUUUCUGCAUGAUGAGCAGUCGAAGGCUCGAGAGAGUGUGGCGAUUAGUCUGUCGCCUACAGUUGGAGGUGGUGGAUAUGGUGGUGGACAGAAUGCGUCGAAUCAGAAGCCUUCGAAUUGGAAAACUAGGAUCUGCAACAAGUGGGAGAUGACUGGGUAUUGUCCAUUUGGUAGCAAGUGUCAUUUUGCUCAUGGGGCCGCAGAACUUCACAGAUAUGGUGGGGGGCUUGUGGAGAUGGAAGGCAGAGAUGCUUCUUCAGUAGCUACAGAUUCGAAGCAGGUUGGGGCAUCAACAAGGGCUCCUGCAGACACUGUUGUUGCAUCCAUGCAAUCAGUUCCUCAUGCUGAUGUUUAUCACAUGGGAGGUCCUUCACAGAGGUCAAGCGUUGUCGGUCAGAGGCAGGGGCUAGGUCAGGGUCAGAGACUUCAGAAAUGGAAAGGACCAGACAAGAUCAGUAGGAUAUAUGGCGACUGGAUUGAUGAAAGUGAGUAGACCCAUACGUGCUGAUAUAGCAGGGCAUCUGGAUGGAAAAAUAAUAAGUGUAGUCAUCUCUACUAAUUGCAUGCUGGAACGUAUUGUUUAGUCUUUAUGUCGUAAUUGCAAUGAAACUGGUGGGUUCUUAUAUCUGAAGCAAUAGAAGAGAAGUGCUACACCUUUUUUUUGAGUAGCUGAAUCUUAAAUAACCUGAAGGUUUCAUUAGAAAGACAGUCACUAGUUCUUAUGAGUUGAGCUUGUGAAGCUUGAUGGGAGAGUGUGUGUUCUGUCAUAGCCUUGCUAUUUUCUAUUGUCCUUCCAUAUCAUGAGUGGAAGGUCAUUGAAUUUUCAUGGUGCGUACGAAGUUUCCCUGAAGCAGAACCGUGUGUUCAUUAAAUUUUGUGCUUUGAUGACUGAUUAGGAGCUCGCUGCUAAGGCAAGCCCAUACGUGAUGGCUAGUUGCUCAGUAUCAUCAGCUGGUUCACUAACAUGGUAUCAUCAGCUGGUUCCCUAACAUGUUUCUUUGUCAACAAGUGAUGGUGAUCAGCUGAAUAAGGCUUGCCUACUUCAUGCUUAUGGAGUCUAUGGAAGGUAUCUGGCUUGAUUUUGCAACUUGAUGCAGUAACAUUAGUGUACCUGUUGUUCUUACAGCAAUUCUUGUGUCGGUGUCGAUGUGUAAGCUGGUGUCGAUGUGUAAGCUAGUUAAUGAAUUAUCCAAAGGGUUUUCAUGAUGAAUCAACA